UAUAAAUGGUAGAUUCGGAAAUGGAAGGGACGACUGCUGUAAUUCGUUUCUGAAACCCUAGUAUAGGCCUAUCCUGAAAAGGCUAAAACCCUUUGUCGUUCCCGCGCUCUCUCACUCUCAUUCUCUCACUGGUUUAUCUACACGGCAGAACGUUUCACAGUGAAAACGAAGCUACAAGACAAAGAAAUGGAGUAAGAGGGGUAAGGAAAUGGUUGAGAGUUAUGCAGAAAUUUUUACGUCGAAACCCUUGUUCAGGAGGCCCCAUCCUCUGUUCUUCACCUGACUUUUUUUCCCCACGUCUUGCCCUUAUCCCUCUAGGGUUUAAGCAAAAAAAUCCAACAUCAUUUACCCCUUUGAUGCCGUCUGCCGCCACCGCUCCCCAACUACGGAGUUCCGGUAUGACCACUGCUAUAGGCGGUGCGAACCCUUCGUUUGGUUUUGGUAAUGGUGGCACCUCUUCAAGUUCUCGUUUUGCUUCUAGUUCUAGCUUCAGGUGUCGUAGCUGCCGCUGCUCCAUCAACAAUGCUACGGCCAUUUCCCCUAGAGCAUGGGCCGUGUUUAAGGAGAAUCGUAGCGGGUCCCGUGUAGCUUGGUUUAGUACCUCUUUUUCUGAUACGGGGGUCUCUGUUUCGGCCUUGAAAUCUGAAAAUAACAGUGACGACGGUGUUGGUGGUGGUGAUGAUGAGAAAACCAUGAAGUUUAAUAGAAGGCAUAGAGGCUCUCCGGGCGGUGGUAGUGGUAGUAACGCUCCGCCGUUGCUCCCUGGAAACCCUGAUUUGUUGUCCAUUCCUGGAGUUGGGCCAAGAAAUUUGAGGAAGCUGGUGGAAAACGGCAUUGGGGGUGUUGCUGAGCUCAAGAAAAUCUACAAGGACAAGUUUUUUGGGAAAUCAAGUCAGAAGAUGGUGGAGUUUUUACGAAGCUCAGUUGGCAUCAUCCAUAGGAACCAUGCGGAAAGUAUAACCACAUUCAUUAAAGAGAGUGUGGAUGAAGAGCUAAAAGAUGAUCAUAUUAAUACCAACAACACUCAAGCAUCACAAAAAAGAAGACUUACUUUUUGUGUAGAAGGAAAUAUAAGUGUUGGGAAAUCAACGUUCUUGCAAAGAAUUGCUAAUGAAACACUUGAGCUACAAGAUCUUGUUGAAAUUGUUCCGGAACCAAUCGACAAAUGGCAAGAUAUUGGACCCGAUCACUUUAACAUAUUAGAUGCUUUCUAUGCAGAGCCACAAAGAUAUGCCUACACGUUCCAAAAUUAUGUCUUUGUUACAAGAGUUAUGCAGGAGAAGGAGUCAUCAAGUGGAGUUAAGCCUCUCAGAUUAAUGGAGAGAAGUGUUUUCAGUGAUCGGAUGGUUUUUGUGAGAGCUGUUCAUGAAGCUAAUUGGAUGAAUGAGAUGGAAAUCAGCAUCUAUGACUCAUGGUUUGACCCUGUUGUUUCUUCUCUACCGGGGCUUAUUCCAGAUGCGUUUAUAUAUCUUAGAGCAAGCCCGGAUACUUGCCAUAAACGAAUGAUGCUACGUAAGAGAAGCGAGGAAGGUGGAGUCAGCCUUGAAUAUCUGCGUGAUUUGCAUGAAAAACAUGAAAGCUGGCUUUUUCCAUUUCAAAGUGGAAAUCAUGGAACUUUGGCCUUCAGUAAUCCUCCUGUUCACGUCGAUACCUCCUUACAUCCGAAUAUAAAAGAUCGUGUGUUUUAUUUGGAGGGUAAUCAUAUGCAUUCAAGCAUUCAAAAGGUACCUGCUUUGGUUCUUGACUGCGAGCCAACCAUUGACUUUAGCAAGGAUAUCGAAGCUAAACAGCAGUAUGCUCGACAAGUUGCAGAGUUUUUUGAGUAUGUGAAGAAAGUAAAGGAGGUUCCGGCUGAAGGUGUUGAAGGGAGUAGUAGUGGUGGUACCGGUAGCCAAUCACAGGUGUUGUUGCCUCAUGGAGGAUUGUGGGUCCCACCACAAGGGAAAAACUUGCCCGAGUCACUCAAGUCAUUGGAUUUUAGACGAGCCAUGUCCCUAGGGUAGUGGUGUUGUUUGUUGCUCAAAUCUUCUGUAUUUGCUUGUAAAAAGAAACUUUUAAGCUUUUCUUGUAGGAUGAAACAGAUUUAGGAUGAAUGAUUGUAGUUUCUGUUCAA